AUGGAUUAUUCUCUACAGAAUCACGCUUCCUAUAUCGGCCGACCGGUCUCCGAACUUCCCACCCCUGCUCUUGUCCUGAGUAAGUCGGUGCUGGAGCGGAACACCCAGAUCUUGUUGGAUGAUGUCAAACGAUUGGGAAUUGAGUUUCGGCCUCAUGUCAAGACCCUCAAGUGCAUCGAGGUCACCCGCAUGAUGCUUGGCAACGGUACGCACCGUCGGAUCGUCGCAUCGACGCUAGCCGAGAUCCGGGGGGCGCUGGGUCUUGUAAAGGAAGGCAUCCUAGACGAGUGUCUCUACGGUCUACCCAUCUCAGCCAGCGCCUUGCCCUUCCUCGAGACUAUAACCAAGUCUCUGAAGAUUAUUCUGAUGGUCGACAGCGAGCAGCAAAUAGAUCUGCUAGAAUCCUACGCCGCCAAAUCGUCUUCUCCCGUAGCACCAUGGCCCGUCUUCAUUAAGAUCGACGUUGGCUCCCAGCGCGCGGGAAUGGUCACAGACUCACCAUCCCUCCCCAGAUUAAUCCAGCGCAUCGAGUCAUCGUCGGCAGCGACCGUUUACGGCUUCUACUGCCACGCCGGACACUCCUAUGCAUGCCGCACAGAGGAUGACGCCGCCGCAGUGCUCCAGACCGAAGUCGAAGGCGUAGUGGAAGCCGCCAAGGUGUUGGUAGACGGGAAAUCCGAUAGACGGAUCGUGGUGUCGGUGGGGUCAACACCGACAGCACACGUGGUGAAAAGACUCCAGGGUGCAUUGCCCGAGGGGAUGGAGUUAGAGUUGCAUGCUGGAAACUACCCCACCAACGACCUUCAGCAAGUAGCGACCUCGCUCGUGGAACCGACACAGCAGGCGGUGCGCAUUCUCGCCGAUGUCUGCAGCGUGUAUCCUGAUCGCAACGAGGCGCUCAUCAACGCCGGGACCAUCGCGCUCUCGAAGGAGACGAGCGAGUUCCCCGGGUUUGCGGUUGUCGUUGAUCGGCCCCAGUGGAGUGUUGUGCGGAUGGCACAGGAACAUGGCAUUCUGGGGUGGGCGGAGUCGGAUCAGACACGCAGGCUUGUUGCGAAGACGGGGUCGAAGUCUGGUGAUGGGGAGAAGGUGGAAGCUGCGUUUGCGGUUGGGGACAAGGUUUUGUUGUAUAUCCAGCAUGCUUGUAUCACGGCUGCUAUGCAUUAUGCUUAUUAUGUUGUUGAUGAUGAGGAUAUUGUUAGGGAGACGUGGGUUCCGUGGAAGGGGUGGUGA